UGUGAAAAUCUCCUCCAUUAGAGACCCGAAGAUCAUCACAUGGGUCUCUGUUUCUCUUCUCCUAAAGCCACCAGACGUGGCACCAGUCGCCGGAACCCUAAUCUUCAUUCUCCGACGCAGGGGAAGGCAAGUGAGAAUGCUAGUAAUAAAAACAAGAAGAAGACGAAGAAGAGCAAGAACAAGAUCCAAUGGAGGCACGGAGGAGGGAUCCCGUACGGCAAGCGCAUCGAUUUUGGUUACGCUAAGGAUUUCGAUAAUCGAUACACCAUCGGGAAAUUGCUCGGACACGGCCAGUUUGGCUUUACCUACGUCGCCACCGAUAACAACAAUGGCAAUUGCGUCGCAGUCAAGAGAAUCGAGAAGGCCAAGAUGACUCAACCGAUUGAAGUGGAAGAUGUGAAGCGAGAGGUGAAGAUACUACAAGCUUUAGGUGGGCAUGAGAAUGUGGUUGGCUUUCACAAUGCAUUUGAGGACAACAACUAUAUUUACAUAGUCAUGGAGUUAUGUGAAGGUGGUGAAUUGCUAGAUCGAAUACUAGCUAAGAAAGAUAGCCGUUACACCGAGAAAGAUGCAGCGGUUGUGGUGAGACAAAUGCUGAAAGUUGCAGCUGAGUGUCAUUUACGAGGUCUAGUGCACCGCGACAUGAAGCCAGAGAGUUAUCCCUUACCCUCUCAGAAUUUUCUGUUCAAAUCAACCGAAGAAGGUUCGUCUCUAAAGGCUACAGAUUUUGGUUUGUCAGACUUCAUAAAGCCAGGAAUGAAAUUUCAGGAUAUAGUAGGAAGCGCGUACUACGUCGCGCCUGAAGUGUUGAAACGUAGGUCAGGACCUGAAUCAGACGUUUGGAGUAUUGGUGUCAUCACUUACAUUCUUCUCUGCGGGAGAAGACCCUUCUGGGAUAAGACUCAAGACGGAAUAUUCAAUGAGGUGAUGAGAAAAAAACCUGAUUUCAGAGAAGUCCCAUGGCCAACCAUCAGCAACGGUGCCAAAGAUUUCGUGAAGAAGCUGUUAGUUAAGGAGCCGCGGGCACGGUUAACAGCAGCUCAAGCGCUAUCACAUCCAUGGGUGAAAGAAGGAGGUGAGGCCUCAGAGGUUCCAAUAGACAUAUCGGUUCUUAACAAUAUGCGUCAGUUUGUGAAAUUCAGCCGCCUUAAGCAGAUUGCUCUGAGGGCUCUGGCGACAACAAUUGAUGAGGAUGAGCUGGAUGAUCUCAGAGACCAGUUUGGUGCGAUUGACAUUGACAAGAACGGUUCGAUAAGCCUUGAGGAGAUGAGGCAGGCUCUUGCGAAAGAUGUUCCUUGGAAACUGAAGGAUGCAAGAGUUGCAGAGAUUCUUCAAGCGAUUGAUAGCAACACUGAUGGAUUGGUGGAUUUCACUGAGUUUGUGGUGGCUGCUUUGCACGUGAACCAAUUGGAGGAGCAUGACUCAGAGAAGUGGCAACAGAGGUCAAGAGCAGCAUUUGACAAGUUUGACAUAGACGGAGAUGGGUUUAUAACUCCUGAGGAACUUAGAUUGCAAACGGGUUUGAAAGGCUCCAUCGAACCACUUCUUGAAGAAGCCGACGUUGAUAAAGAUGGGAGAAUCAGCAUCAAUGAGUUUCGCAGACUUUUGAGAAGUGCAAGCCUCAAGUCAAGAAAUGUUAAAAGCCCUCCUGGUUACCAGCUUUCACAAAAGAUGUAAAUUACUUCACAAAUCACCAAGUCCACAAACUCUGAUCUCCCCCAUGUACACAACACAUUAUGUGUCACUUGUCGCUCUCAGAUCAAGAAAAUGGUAUAGAGGCU